CUCACCUAGCUCCGGAGCUGUCACCGCCGCUGGGCUGGUCCCUCCGAGCCUGUCGCCUCUCCGCCGCUGGGAUGGAGCCGGACCCCGGGCCGCUGUCGACUUUACCCUCGCCCAGAUCCAGUCUUGCUUAUGGAAUUGUAGAAGAUUUGAGAUCACUGAAAAAAUGCUUUUGCAUGCAAAAAAGGAUAAUUUUGGUUUAACUAUUUGAAACCAUCCAGUGUGGCACUUGAUGACUCAUCUACAAGAUUUCUUCCCUGCCAUCUGAAGAACAAAGUGCUUUUCAACGUGUACUUCUGUAGCACUAUGACUAACUGUAAAGGCAGAGCAACCAUCUCCAAAACAAAUAGCAAAGUUCAUAACAGAGAAGGUUUUGUAAACUGGACCGUAAAUCUUAAUACAAUUCAGUCAGAUAAAUUUUUGAGACUACUUUUGAGUAUGGUUCCUGUUGUUUAUCAAAUAAACCAGGAGGAAAGACAUAAAAAGGUGAAUGGUGUCUGGCAAGAUGGAUUACAACCAGCAGGACACAAUUUUAACGGUCGGGCUGAACUACACACAGAGUACCAUCACUUCUCAGAACAAACUUUUCAUGGUAGUAAUGGACACAGCCCAUCUAGCUGUAGCCCUAAAUAUGAUGAUUUUACCAAUUAUAAUUUCUGUGAUGGAAUGGACACUUCAGAAACAGAUGCCAUGUUGCAGGAAGACAGUCUAUCUAGUGAGUGUAAUGAAGACACCAUUGUGGAAGGAAGUAGAAAACAACCCAAAGAAUCUAGUAGUAUUAUGGCAUUACAGAUACUUGUACCUUUUUUGCUAGCAGGAUUUGGAACUGUUUCUGCUGGCAUGGUUUUGGAUAUUGUACAGCACUGGGAUGUGUUCAAGAAUGUCACUGAAGUUUUUAUCUUGGUUCCUGCCCUUCUUGGUCUCAAAGGAAAUUUGGAAAUGACCUUGGCAUCCCGGCUGUCAACUGCUGUAAAUAUUGGAAAAAUGGAUUCUCCCAUUGAGAAAUGGAAUCUAAUAAUUGGCAACCUGGCCUUAAAACAGGUUCAGGCAACAGUAGUUGGUUUUCUGGCAGCAGUGGCUGCUGUUAUAUUGGGCUGGAUUCCAGAGGGUAAAUACCGCUUCGAUCAUUCGGUCCUUCUGUGUUCUAGCAGUGUAGCAACUGCAUUCAUAGCUUCUCUUUUACAAGGAAUAAUAAUGGUUGGAGUUAUUGUUGGAUCCAAGAAGACCGGUAUUAAUCCUGACAAUGUUGCCACUCCUAUAGCUGCAAGUUUUGGAGAUCUUAUCACUCUUGCUAUACUAGCAUGGAUAAGUCAGGGUCUUUAUACUUGCCUUGAGACAUAUUACUAUGUAUCUCCUUUGGUUGGUGCCUUUUUUUUGGCUCUGACUCCCAUGGGGAUUGUCAUAGCUGCCAAACACCCAGCUACCAGAACUGUUCUCCAUUCAGGAUGGGAGCCUGUUAUAACUGCCAUGGUUAUAAGCAGUAUUGGUGGCCUUAUACUGGACACAACUGUAUCUGAUCCUAACUUAGUUGGAAUUGUUGUUUAUACCCCAGUAAUUAAUGGUAUUGGUGGUAAUCUAGUAGCUAUUCAAGCCAGCAGAAUUUCUACCUACCUCCAUUUACACAGCAUCCCUGGAGAGCUGCCAGAAGAAGCCAAGGGUUGCUAUUAUCCAUGCAGAACCUAUUACGGCACAGGAGUAAAUAACAAAUCAGCCCAAGUUCUGCUGCUUUUGGUGAUUCCUGGACACCUGAUUUUCUUGUACACUAUCCACUUAAUGAAAAGCGGCCACACUUCCUUAACUCCCAUCUUUAUAGCAGUAUAUUUGUUUGCAGCUCUGCUACAGGUGUUUACCCUGUUAUGGAUUGCUGACUGGAUGGUGCACCACUUCUGGAAGAAAGGAAAAGAUCCUGACAGUUUUUCUAUUCCUUAUCUUACUGCACUGGGAGAUCUGCUUGGAACUGCCUUACUAGCUAUAGGUUUUCAUUUUCUGUGGCUCAUAGGUGACAGAGAUGGUGACGUUGGAGACUAGCUACUCCAAUGGAUGCAAUGACUUUUCCAGGAAUGUUGGCAAGACCAAUCAUUCCAGUUGAAGGUCCUCAAAGUGCUUGUUCCAUCUGGUAUAAGUAAAUCAAGAUGACACAGAUGUAAAACAGCCUUAAUGAUUUUAAUGCGGUUUGCUUUUUAAAAAAUAGGAUGGAACUAGGAGGAUACUUGAGACUUUGACUCUGAAACCAAGGUGGAUUGCUGCUAAUCAAAACCAUCUGAAUAGGCACAGUGAAGGGCAGAUCAAUCCUUUAUCAAGUUUUAUGUUUUUAAAAGAUCUAUUCUUUUAAAAGAAGAGUUCCUUACCUGUAUGGCGAACCAGAACAAUCUCUAGUUGCUUGUUCGCUGGUGAUGGAGAAAAGGGUAAGACCCAAUCAGGGGCUUGCCUUGUCUUUCCCUCUUGGGAACAAAGUGGGUAUAGAUUUUCAUCUUACCACCAAAGUGGUUAGUGGACCUCAGAUGAAUUAAGUUUCAUAGACAUUACCUAAUUAGUUGAUGAUAUGUUCUUAUCUUGCAAUUUCAGUGGUGUAGCUCUCUGAUCAUUGCAGACUUGGUAUCAAUAAUAACUGUUAUGGUGAGUUGAACCCUGACUGUCUAAACACUUUGUCACUUUAUGUAUACUAGUGUGGACAUCAACAUUUACAAAAUUAGACACUUGAAAAGCACUUUGUGCUAAAAAACAGGA